AUGCACCACGACUGCGCUCCCCCGAUCGUGCACCGCGACGUCAAGUCCAGCAACAUCCUGCUGGACCCGGACUUCCAGGCCAAGAUCGCCGACUUCGGGCUCGCCCGGAUCCUCGUCAAGUCCGGCGAGCCCCAGUCCGUGUCAGCCAUCGGCGGGACAUUCGGGUAUAUGGCUCCAGAGUAUGGGUACAGGCCAAAGGUGAACGAGAAGGUGGACGUCUACAGCUUCGGCGUUGUUCUGCUAGAGCUUACAACCGGCAAGGUCGCUAACGACAGCGGCGCGGACCUCUGCCUGGCGGAAUGGGCAUGGCGGCGGUACCAGAAAGGCGCGCCGUUCGACGACAUCGUCGACGAGGCCAUCCGGGAGCCGGCCUACAUGCAGGAUAUCCUGUCGGUGUUCACGCUCGGCGUCAUCUGCACGGGGGAGAACCCGCUGACGCGGCCGUCGAUGAAAGAGGUCAUGCACCAGCUCAUCCGGUGCGAACAGAUCGCCGCUAAGGCGGAGGCGUGCCAGGUGAGCUACGAGGGCAGUGGCGGUGGCGGCGGCACCCCGCUCCUCGAGUCGAGGAAGAAAGGCAGCCGGCGACGGAGCAUGUCUGAUUCCGGCCGAUGGAACGACGACGAGGAGGAGGACAGCGGCAACUUCGUUGUGCACGUGGUGUAG